ACCAACCAUCCACUUUUCAUAUCGCUUCUCUAGGUCUUGCAAUAUCCUCAGACAUUGUUUAACGUGAACAUCUCUGCGUGCUUUUAUCAUUCUCCUCUAUGGAAUCCGUGUCCAACAGGAGACAACAGAAGGAGAUCCGGCAAGCCGAAAUCCGCAAACAGAUUGCUUCCCUACAAGCUCAAUUAGUCGACGUAUCGAAUACAAGUGGUAUAAUUAUUCCUGAAAGGCCUUGCUCACCGAAGAGAAAGAAGCCAGACGGACCAAUACUCGCACCUUCGACGCCGUCACCCAAACGGCGCAGGCUAGAUAACUCACCUAGAGUACACUCUACCUCUAAAUCACGACCUUUGCCGUCUCUGACUGCCAGGAUAUCCAAUGCAAGGCGUCAGCCGUCCGGUGGACCAAAGAGCGCACCGAGCAUUCCCAAGCCGGCACCGUCGACAGUGCUCACCAAGCUCGCGAGUUUCGCUCCAAACGUGGACCCAGCUGCUGCGAAGCAGAUAUCCAACCGCUCUUCUGGCUUCUCAGAACGGCCUGCACCUCUUCCCGCAGAACAUGAUGACGACGUCGCCCCGGAGGCGGCUAAACGAGACGAACGUCUGACACUGAUAGAAGACCUUGAGAUCGGACCCACCGAACACAAACCUCCAUUUGAUGAUCCCAUCUUUGAACGAUUAGAGCCUAAUUCUGGAAUUCGUCUGUCCUCACGGACGUUACCACAUGACGAUCUACAAGACUAUUUACGUGGCCGAUAUUAUCUCUCUCCUUCAAAGCUAUAUUCAGUUGUACGUCUUCAGCCGAACAAACAAGGAUAUGACGUCCCUGUGGAAGGCGAUUGGGUAACUAUCGCCGUUAUUGCCGAACGAGGGCAACUGAAGUACAGCAAGGCUCCCGUGGGCAUUGGCAAGGAUGGCCAAGAAGAGAUUGAAGAGAAGGAGGACACUUUAGACGAUAUCGCCCUGGAUGGAACUUCUAAUACCGUCAAAACAGACCUGCGGAAGUGGAAAGGAAAGGCUAAGGAACAGCAAGCAGCACAAAAACCUAGUGGCAAACGGUAUAUUAAUUUGAAACUAAUCGACUUCGGCUGUCGAUCCAGCUCAUCGUCCACGGCUGGCAAGUCCGUCAUUCGAGGCGACGCGCUCUUGUCAUUGCUGCUCUUCGAAUCAGAUCGCGUAGAGACGGCGGUGGAUGGGGAUGGCAAGAAGCAGCAAAUAUACCAUGGGGGUAGUCGAGGUGCCUUUGAGCGUAUGUCGAAACUCAAAGAAGGUGCAGUCGUGGCGUUACUCAAUCCAAGGAUACUCAAACCCUUUCAGCAUUCAACGGAUCAGCCUCAUCCGACCAACAACAUUUUGGCACUCACGCCUGAGUCCGUUGACUCCACAGUCGUAAUUGGCCAAUCACUCGAUCUGGGCAUGUGCAAGGCUAUCAAACGAGAUGGCAAGGUAUGCGGCAGCUGGUGCGACAAACGGGUGAGUGAUGUCUGCGACUGGCACAUCACGAAUGCCAUCAAGCGCAACAGAGCCGCUCGACCUGAGUUUUCGAUAGGGACUUCCGGAUUGUCCACUGCUCCCAAACGUACCAAACCGCAGUUCGACCCGAAGCGGCAGUGGGGUUUACUACCUGACGAAACGAGCAGUGGAGGAGGCUCGACGUACAUCGUCUCAGGUCAUAUUAUAUCGAAUCGCCCCGACACCCGGUCUAUGUACGUCGGGGAAGCCGUAGGCCGCGAGGCACAAGCCAAGGCCGCCCGCGCCCAUGCGAAGGACGCAGAUCGAGCGCUGCAGAAGUUAUUGCGGAAGGAUAAGGAGGGUAUGAAGUACCUAAUGACGGCCAGGGAGCAUGCAAAGCGGAAGAUGGAUGAGGAUGGAGCAUCUGACAAGGCUUCGACGCCGCUGCCUAAGAAGCUCAAGAGCAAAGGUAAAGGCAAAGCCAAACAAACAGAACAGAGUUCGGAGGAAAGUGACAGUAGUCAGAGCUGCUCUACCUCUGACGAGAACUCGAAGACGUCCGGAAAGCAGGCCAAGUCUUACUCGGCACACCUUAUACGAAACCUAGGAUUCGACCCUACUGGGAAGGAAGGGCGCAAGGUGAAGCACACAGAUGUGCAGAAGAAGCUGGAUGCUCUGGCAGCUUUGCAAGCUUCGAGACGGGAAGUUGACCUUGGUCCUAGACCAGGCAAGAAAGCAUCUCAAGUUCGCCCACCGACCAACGCUGAAUCUCUAUCCGGGAAGCAAGGCGGCACGCAGACUGUUGUGUGUCUUGAUUCUGACAGCGAAGACGACCUUAGACAGUGUGAGGCCACUGUGUUUGGCAGGACUAAGCAGUCGACCGCUGAUGCGAAGAUGGUCAAUCUGGAUAGCAGCGAUGUAGAAUGAUGUGCGGUAUCCAGGCGUUAUUGUACUUAUUUUGCUAGCUUUUGAACAGUGGCUGAGUUUCUCUGUGCAUAUUUACUUCGUGUGCUAUCCUAUUGCAUCAUUAUGUUUCUUCAAGUAGAAUCAACGGCCGUUCAUUCGCUGAUCUGCUGACAGCUGGACUUAUUCUGCGGAGGCAGGUAAAGAUAACGUUCGAGGAGCCUCAGACUUAAUUAUAUGUCUAUCAAGGUGCUUUUGUGCUUCC